AUGGCGCAGAGAGAUCAGCUGGACCGAGAAUCCUUCUCCUGUUCGAUCUGUCUGGAUCUACUGAAGGAUCCGGUGACUAUUCCCUGUGGACACAACUACUGUAUGAGCUGUAUUAAAGGAUUCUGGGAUGGAGAGGAUCAGAUGAAGAUCUACAGCUGCCCUCAGUGCAGAGAGGCCUUCACACCGAGGCCUGUCCUGAAGAAAAACACCAUGUUAGCAGCUUUAGUGGAGCAGCUGAAGAAGACUGGACUCCAAGCUGCUCCUGCUGAUCACUGCUAUGCUGGACCUGAAGAUGUGGCCUGUGAUGUCUGCACUGGGAGGAAGCUGAAAGCCUUCAAGUCCUGUCUGGUGUGUCUGGCCUCUUACUGUGAGAAUCACCUCCAGUCUCACUAUGAAUCACCUACAUUUAAAAAACACAAGCUGGUGGAGCCCUCCAAGAAGCUCCAGGAGAACAUCUGCUCUCGUCAUGAUGAGGUGAUGAAGAUAUUCUGCCGUACAGAUAAGAAGUGUAUCUGUUAUCUGUGCACUAUGGAGGAUCAUAAAGGCCACGACACAGUCCCAGCUGCAACAGAAAGGACUGAGAGGCAGAGAGAGCUCGAGGUGAGUCGACUAAACAUCCAGCAGAGAAUCCAGGACAGAGAGAAAGAUGUGAAGCUGCUUCAACAGGAGGUGGAGGCCGUCAGUCGCUCUGCUGAUAAAGCAGUGGAGGACAGUGAGAAGAUCUUCACUCAGCUGAUCCGUCUCCUCCAGAAAAGAAGCUCUGAUGUGAAGCAGCAGAUCAGAUCCCAGCAGGAAACUGAAGUGAGUGGAGUCAAAGAGCUUCAGGAGAAGCUGCAGCAGGAGAUCACUGAGCUGAAGAGGAAAGACGCUGAACUGAAGCAGCUCUCACACACAGAGGAUCACAACCAGUUUCUACACAACUACCCCUCAGUGUCACAACUCAGUGAACCUACAGACUCAUCCAGCAUCAAUAUCCGUCCUCUCAGAUACUUUGAGGAUGUGACAACAGCUGUGUCAGAGCUCAGAGAUAAACUACAGGACAUCCUGAGGGACGAAUGGACAAACAUCUCACUGACAGUGACUGAAGUGGACGUUUUACUGUCAGAACCAGAACCCAAGACCAGAGCUGAGUUCUUAAAAUAUUCACGUGAAAUCACUCUGGAUCCAAACACAGUACACACAGACCUGUUAUUAUCUGAUGGGAACCGAAAAGUAAAAGGGACGGGACAACAACAGUCUUAUUCUAGUCACACAGACAGAUUCACUGAUUAUUGUCAGGUCCUGAGUAGAGAGAGUCUGACUGGACGUUGUUACUGGGAGGUGGAGUGGAGCGGAGGAGUUUUAGUAGCAGUCGCAUACAAGAAUAUCAACAGAGCAGGAUAUGAAUCUGGAUUUGGACGUAAUGACAAAUCUUGGUCUUUAUAUUAUUACACUAACAGGUAUGAAUUUUACUUCAACAACAUUAGAACUCGCAUCUCAGGUCCUCGUUCCUCCAGAGUCGGAGUGUACCUGGAUCACAGAGCAGGUAUUCUGUCCUUCUACAGCGUCUCUGAAACCAUGACUCUCCUCCACAGAGUCCAGACCACAUUCACUCAGCCUCUCUAUGCUGGAGUUUAUAUUGGUUAUGGAUCCACAGCUGAGUUGUGUGAAGUGAAAUAGACAGAAGUCAUUUCAGACUUCAUGUGUCAGAUGUUGUAAUUCUUCAUGUUUUUGUCUCCAUGUUUCUGAGCUGCUCAGAGAUCAGCUGACACGCUAAUAGUGAUAUUCAACACUUUGUUUACUUUAUGUAUGUGUCGUUUAUAUGUUCAGUUUCUUUAAAUGUGACUUUUUCCUGUGUGUUUUUAUCCAUGGAGGCUCUCACUGCUCAUCACCAUGUUUUUAACCUUCACUGACAUUUCUUCAGAUGAAAAUGUGAACUUCUCUUUGUUCUAAAUGUUAGUUUCAUGUUUGUAUUGAUGUAUUUGUGUCUGUUGUUUCUUAAACAGAGAAAACAGCAGAACUUCCUUCAUCACAGAUAUUUUGUUCUCAUCACUUUGUAAAUUCAUAAAGAAAUGUUCAAUCAAACUGUAAUGAUCAUGAUAAUAAUCAUUAAUGAUGUUCUUGUACAUAGCUGACAUUCUGGGUUACACUAACUGACUGUGUGGAUGAAGUCAAUCUGAACAUGAAAUCAUUGAUCACACUUUACUGAUUGGAUGUGUCAACAAUCUGAAGCUUCAAUAAUCA